AUGUUCCUUUCUAUCUAUCUAUCUAUCAAGCUAGCUAGCUAUUCGUAUGUUCCUUUCUAUCUAUCUAUCUAUCUAUCUAUCUAUCUAUCUAUCUAUCUAUAUCCUAUGUCCAUAUCUAUCUAUUUAUUUAUCGAUCUAUCUAUCUGUCCCUUUUAUUGUUUCCUCUCAUAUUCUCUCUCUCUCUCUCUCUAUCUAUCUAUCUAUCUAUCUAUCUCACGGUCUUAUUUUCUUUUGUUCUCUAUUUCAAAUAAAAACGUUCCUCACUUUCUUUCUUUCACUCUCUCUUCUCCUGACUUAAUUUCUUUGAUUUUUUUCUUAUCAGUUUUCCAUACUAACACCCAUUUCUUCUUUUCUCACUUCAUAUCUCUCUCUUUCUCUCUCUCUCCCUCGCUCUCACUUUCUAAAAUAUCUCUUUCUAUGUUUCUUCUUUCUCUGUCCUUUUCUAUCCCUCUCUUUUUCACUGUCUGUCACUUUCUGUAUUUUUCUUUCCCUCUGUCAUAUUUUUCUGUCUUAUCCGACUUCUCUCUUUCUUUUUUUCUCUUUCUUUCUGUCUAUGUCAUUCUCUCUAUAUAUUUCUCUUUCUCUUUCUCUCUCUCUCUCUCUCUCGUUAGUUCUCAUUUUUUAUCUAUCCCUUUCUUUCUCUUUUCUCUCUUUCUCCCUUUCUCUCUUUCUGUAUCUCUCUCUCCCCCUCUCUCUCUCUAUCUCUCUCUCUCUCUGUAUCUCUCUCUCCCUCUCUCUCUCUCUCUCUCUCUUUCUCCCUCUUUUAAUCUACAUAUUUUCAUUCACCAUUUCUUCUAUUGCUUUUUUCCUUAUCUCUUUUUCUUCUCCAAAUAUUCUUCAGGUCGUAUUUGUUUAUUUUUCCUUUCGCUAUCGUAA